AUGACCGUCCCUACCACCAUUCAACCCGAGGAUAUCCAGGCUCACCUUGCUCAAUUCAAGGAUAGCAAGUAUGUCGAUGGCUGGGCUUCUCUCUGGGAGAAAGGUGGCAAGCUCCCUUGGGAUGAGGGAUUCCCCAACCCUGCGUUGGAAGACACCUUGAAUCAACAGCGUGGUACCAUCGGUGGAGCCAUUGGUGAAGAUGCACAAGGUCAAUCAUACAGACGUAAAGUCCUGGUCCCUGGCUGCGGUAGAGGUGUGGACGUGCUUCUUCUGGCCAGUUUUGGAUUUGAUGCAUAUGGCCUGGAAUACAGCCCUGGUGCCAUUGAGGCGUGCAAAAAGGAGGAGACCGAGAAUCAUAGUUGGUACCGUGUUCGAGACCAAUCUGUUGGUAAGGGGAAAGUCACAUUUGUUCAAGGAGACUUCUUCGAUGAUGCGUGGCUGCAGACCAUUGGUGUGCCACUCAAUGGAUUUGACCUGAUCUACGACUAUACUUUCUUUUGUGCAUUGGAACCGGCGCUUCGCCCCAAGUGGGCACUUCGUCAUACUCAGCUCUUGGCUCCAUCCCCCAGGGGUAACUUGAUUUGUCUCGAGUAUCCUCGCCACAAGGAUCCCAAGGCUAAUGGACCUCCAUUUGCCGCGCCUUCGGAGGCAUAUGUGGAACAUUUAAGCCACCCCGGCGAGGACCUCCCAUACAAAAAUGGUCUCGUCAAGCAGGAUCCCCUUCGGGAGCCAAGCAAGUCGGGUCUUGAAAGAGUGGCCUACUGGCAGCCAGGGAGAACCCAUGUGAAGGGCCAGGGUGAGAACGGGGUUAUCCACGAUAGAGUUUCCAUUUGGCGUCGACGAAACUAG